AUGGGGAUAGUUCAUAUUUCUGCAGAUGGUGAUAGUUAUUUGGCAACGGGAACAGUUAUAUUUUUAAGCUACAGUGAUACUUACACACCAAGGGGAACGAAUCUAGUUAUGUCUAAGAGUGUUGAUCCAGUUAGGGAGCACGGAGUUUGGAAAGAAGGAGAACCUGCUCACUCUCUUUAUUGCAAAUUUUGCAACCAUCAUAUUACAUCGGGAGUAACAAGAUUGAAGCAUCACUUGGCAGGAACUCAUAAAGGAGUUAGAAAAUGUGAUAAGGUUCCAGAGUUGGUUAAAAAACAAUGUGUAGAGGCUUUGAAAGAAAUGGAAACAGGAAAGGAAAAAAAAGCCGCCUUGGUUCGCUCCAUUGGGAGAAUGGAAGAUUCACAUUCACAUGUGGAAGACGCUAAAAGUCAAGAGUUGGAGAGUGGACAGGGAAGUAAUGCCCAACAGAGUAGGUCAUUUGGACCUUUAGACACUUUCGUAAAUGUGCAAGGGCGCCAAACCACAAUGGAGAACAGAUACAAAAUAAAACAAAGAGAUGAGGUGGUACAAAAGAUCGGGAGAUGCAUUUUUGCUAAUGGCCUCUCUUUCAAUCUCUUGAGCAGUCCAUAUUGGAGAGAGAUGGUAGAUGUGAUCAGGAAGUUCGGUCCCGGGCUUAAGCAACCCUCUCCUUAUGAGAUAAGGACACGGGUGCUAAAAAAAGAGGUAGAGGGAAUUGAUUCCAUUAAGGCAAAGCACAAGGCGGCAUGGGAAAAAUACGGAUGCACUCUUAUGUCUGAUGGGUGGUCAGACAAGAAGAGUAGAAGUUUAAUCAAUUUCCUUGUUAACUCGCCGGAGGGGAUUUUCUUCUAUAAGUCCAUUGAUGCCUCAACUCAUAUUAAGAAUGGGGAGUAUCUUUUUCAAUGUAUUGAUAAAAUUGUGGAGGAGAUUGGCGAGCAACAUGUCUUACAAGUUAUCACUGAUAAUCAUGCUUCUUAUGUGCUUGCCGGGACAAAGCUUAUGGAGGUAAGGAAGUCUCUUUAUUGGACACCUUGUGCAGCUCAUUGCAUUGACCUCAUGUUAGAGGACAUAGGUAAGAUGAAGAUACACCGAGAGACUCUUGAGGUGGAAAAAGGAGUUAUUCAGUUUAUCUACAAUCAUUGUUGGGUAUUGAGUCUAAUGAGGAAGUACACAGGUGGGAAGGAGCUAUUGAGACCCGCUGUUACUCGCUUUGCGACAUCCUUUUUGACAUUACAGAGGUUGUAUUCCUUGAAACAACCUUUGAGGACUGUUACUCGCUUUGCGACAUCCUUUUUGACAUUACAGAGGUUGUAUUCCUUGAAACAACCUUUGAGGAACAUGUUCUCCUCUGAAGAGUUUCUCAGAAGAACUUGGGCAAAGAAGGCAAAUGGAGUGAAAGCGAGGAACACAAUUCUUUAUUGCAGGUCAUUUUGGGGACGAGUGAUGUUUUGCUUCAUCACAACACUUCCACUUGUGCAUGUCCUCCGAGAGGUGGAUUCCGAUGUUAGGCCCUCUAUGCCAUUACUUUAUGAGAUGAUGGAUAGUGCAAAAGAGAAAAUUGCAGAUGCAUGUGGUGGAAUUGAAAGAAAAUACAUGCCCUAUUGGAAACUAGUUGAUAAGAGGUGGUCGGGAAUGAUGCAUCGUCCUAUUCAUGCUGCUGCUUACUAUCUUAAUCCCAAGUACUUUUACGGGAAUAAGUUUAGCAAGCACCCAGAGGUGAGGAAGGGACUUAUCGAGUGCAUGGCUCGCAUGAUCCCUGAUGUUGCUGAAAGAGCAGAAGCCGACUAUGAGCUAGAUGCUUAUAAAGAGAGGUUAGGAGAGUUCGGAUCAGAGAUGGCUCAGAGGACCCUUGCUUUUCGUAGUGCAGAGAUUUAG